AUGGCCCUGACACCUAAAGAAGUCUCUGACCUGACAAGGUGAGUUUUUAAAAGGCGCACUUGCUUUGUUCUGCUUUUUCCCCGGGUUGCGCAUUGACUUUCACUUCUUGGGCCCUACCUACCCCGUCAUCGCACGUUAAACUUCAUGUCGCUGACAGGAUUGUACUAACCUCUGUCUAAAUCUGUAUUGACAUUCCUGAUUCGUGGGCUUGUUUGCGGCUAACAUGUGAUUAGUGGGCUGGGUACUGCCUGGGUGAACAAUUUGCCCUUAGUGCCACAUCUCCCCGGUAACACGUCGUUUACGCAAAUCACUCGAACGGAGUACGGAGCGGAUUGUAUCGACACUAACUCUGGUGGCUAGCCCCCAGGGAGUUUGGUAUUAUUGGGUCGGAGUGACAUGUUGCGCGUGAUGUCACGCCUUCGUCAUCCACUGACAUCCGGCCUCAUGGUCUCAUUUAAUCAUCUUUUAAUAAAUUUUGCCUAGAACCAACCUGUAAUAUAAUGGCACUACUUAUAUAUCCGUCCUGCAAUUGACAGUUGACUACUUAGACAGUUAUGAAUCGCCGAUACAAGCGAAGAUGCGAGUUCCGGAAAUCAGUUAAUAAGAAUGAGAAGGAGCGACCGCUGGAACAAGGGCUUUAUCCGCCUGACGUUUCGGAUUCUCACUCGAACCCAUCAUCAGAGACAGUGGCAGAAACGGGUUUAUGCUGCUGUCUCUGAUGAUGGGUUCAAGUGAGAAUCCGAAACGUCAGGCGAAUAAAGCCUUUGCCCCAGCGAUCGCAUUUUCUUCUUAUCAUUUAUGAAUCGUUAACCUUUUCCGCCACUUGGAGUCUCGUCCCCACGCGUUCAUAGUCCUUUUAAAUUCCUCCCUUCUGUUUAAGCCUUCGUGAUCUCAAAGGCGAAUCGGCACAUUUUGAGGAUGUCACAUCAGGUUCCUUUUGAAAACCGCUAUCAUUUGGGCUGCACCUGUAUUUUGGGGCCUUUGUUUGUCCGUAGCCUUUUUGCUGUAGAAGCGACUACCCAGGCCACAAACAGUUCCGCAAAAACCCUUUAUGUCUGUCUUGUGGUUACAGUAGUUGUUCGUCAUCUCUGGUUUUCACAUAAAAACUACGCCCAAUUCAGUACCAUUAACUGAAUGUGAGUGAGUCGUGCCGAACUAUAUUCUACGUUGUCGGGAUCGAGGUUAUGAAACUGUCAUGAAGAGAUUGCUUUGUGGUGCUGUUCGCUGGACACCAUGCGCAUGUACUGUUUGGGUGAUGGCGUAACGGACUUCAGUAGAGACUAGCUGCAACAUAAGUAAACUAAUGAACUCGCAUGAAGACUUGAUGACCGGCAGCUACAUUGCUAACAGGGAGUAAAAGGCUAAGGUCUGGCACACUGGCUGGUCCGUAAAUUAUGAAAAGGCCCGCCUGCUGCCCGAUGGCGUGGCGAUCAUAACCAGUGAUUAGGAACUCCUUUUGUGACCGUUGCUUUGUGGUUUAAUUCGAAUAGUCGAAAACGUUACGGGACAGCCUCAAAUAAUCCGGGUGGCUGUUGAGACCUGCUCGUACCGACACUUUCGGAGACAUCUCGUGAAAUUUGAGGCCGGCUAAAUCAACCUUGACUAAAAGUGCACCAUUUGCAAAGACUGUAGGAUCGCCUAACGACGUUAUAAGGACGCGUUUACUACUAUCUAAACACUAUAAAUCUACUAAUACUUGCGGGAGAUUAUUUCUCGAGAUCGGCACUCACGAUUAUCUCCCGGACUGCCAAAAUCAAGCAACACAAGUGAAAAACAUGACUGAGGAAUAAUAUCUGCACUUUCUACGUAAUGACAGUACUGGUUCAGUAGACGUCCGGAACCCCUCAGUAGCACACCACUAGAAGUGGAUAAGACGCGGAAGUUUAACAUCAUUGGUCAUGAUGGACGAAUUGUAGACUGUCGUGUAUGAUAACGUCUGCGAUAUCCUAGUACGACAGGUGUCUGAUGAGUCUCCUGGGUGUGGACGAAAGAAGUCUUCCUGCAGAAGGUGCGCAGGAUGCACUGCCUUAAUUACAUUGUGCGUCGUUGCUCAAAUUUGGACGACCAUCUGGCGGAGGUGUGCUGACGGUUCUGUGUCAGCUUGUGAAGUAACCAGAGUCAAAAUGCUUAUAAGUAGUUUUUACGCAACCCUAUUGUAGUUCAUUUGUUAUACUUGUUUUCGGAAAUCAUAUCAAGACAUGCCUGUCUAGCUCGGCAGUGUUAAGCCCACCUCAGUUGAUUUAGAUUUUUUACCCAAUUGUUGACUGUCUGACAGAGGACCAGAAUAUUCCGACUUUUUGACGGACAGUUCGAAUUUUAAUACUUUGCCUCCUGCUCAUAUGUCCAGUUUGCGGUCCAGCUUCGACCGCGCGGUGUAUUAAAUCGCUUCAGCCCUUCUAUUUCUUACUUGUAGCAUAAUAUUAAAUGGACAGUCUUCACUCAAGACGUUUGAUGCCAUCUCUAUUCUCUUCCAUAAAAGCUUUUCGAAGUCGGAACACUUCAAAAUAGGGAAGGCCCUGGUCAGUAUUACGUUGGUUUUACUUCAUUCCUUUCCAGGUCGCCAUCCUCAACAGUGACCUGUUGUCGGAUGGGGUUUCUCCUAUAGUUUGUUUAUUUCUUAUCUGGGAUAUGUACAAGUCUGAACCUCUCGAACAUAAUCCAUUUUUACGGUUUGUUGUGAAUUAUUUGGUAGGUCCCCUUUUUCUGACUUGCGCAACUCCUGUAGCAGCGCGACAGUACGCACUUCAACAGUUCGUUGCCCCUGCCUGCCAAAGUUUUUAUGCAUACCUUGAUGAAGUUUGCCGACCGUGCUCGCGAUGUAAGUGAGUCCUCAUGGCCCUUUGAUAUUCCCCUUCCAUAGCUUUGCAAGACUACACCCUUGCAACUUCUAACGAUGGAUGCUGACGUGUCCGCCCUGCGAUCGGUUAGUUUUCGUUUCGCGUUCAUUUUGUCUCUAGUGUGAUUGGUCGAUUUUUGAUGCGCGCAUCCAGGAACGUCUUCAGUCGAUUCCUAAAUUUGAUUCUUGUGGUAUACCUUGCGUUCUGCCUGAUGAUGACACAAUGAAGUCGACCGCGUACGUUCUGACCGUGUAUUACUCUUUCUUUUUGUGUUGAAUAACACGUAAACGCCUGCCAUUUUAAAAAUUCGGUAUAAGGCUUGCCGUCUUCAGUUAAAUUCGCUGUAGUAUUUCCAGAUGUCGGAGUAAAACCCAACAUCUUUACUAUGGUCUCCGCUACAAACACGUCACUCCGUUUAUCAUCUCCAACCCUGUCACCGUGCAAAUCCCCAAACAGGGGACGCUUAGAAUUGUGUUAAACAAAAUCCAUGUCUUCUCCUUCGUGAAGUUUUCUGGUUGGAAUGACCGGCUUGCAGUAAGUGUCGUUGAUACAUACCUGGCACGCACGACUAUUUCACAACGCACCCAUUCGGAGGGUCCGAGUGGUACGCAAAUCGCGACCUCCCUUUGUUAUAAAAGUUUUCUGUGAGAUUCUAAGACGUUGGCAUUAUAACACGGGUCAUUUUUUUUACCGGUCGUACAGAUCAGACUCGACGUUCAGAUCCAGGUUUAGUUGGUCAUUUAACCAUGGGCCAGCCAUGUUAGCUUCAACUUAAAAUAUUGAAUAAUACGUGAUAUCGGCUUUCACUGAUGUAGCUCGUUUGCUUGACAUAAUAUGAGCUUUCCGCUUAACUUUCAGUAUACUUUCCGAUGGUGACUAAAUUAUCGAAUGCCAACUAAUAUCGUAGACUAUAACCAAAAAGUGCGCCAAAUAAUCGGACGUCUUCGUCGUCACUACUUUAUCAACAGCAUCUUAAGAAGCAAAUGCUGAAUGGGUUUUAGGCCCCCAAAUGUUCUGGAUAUAUCAGCAUAAAAUCCGGUGUUUGCAAAAGCCGCAUUUAUCCAGACUGAUUUAUAGUAUGCCAUCAUAGAGAGGUUGGCCGGGAAGACGGGUUGCCCUUUAGCCUAGCUGCUGGCUACCCGGCGCGUCCACAGGUGGCGGAUAGUGGGAAGACCUUCAGUGAAGGUUAACUGCAACAUAAGCAGACCCAGGUCUGACGAAUAGGCAGUCGCGUACCAGCAGCGACAGUGCUACCAGGGUGCGGGGGGCUGCGGUUUGGCACGCUGAAAGAAUUAUAAAAAAGGUCGCAAAGCUCGAUGAGGGCACUGUGACAUGACGAUCGUGAACCGCCGUUAAAUAAGUUCGCUUGCCACCGCUGCCCUGGAGUUAGACUUUUAAGUCAAAGCGCUAGAGAUAACCUCGAGCAAACAGUCCGAGUGGCUGUUGGGGACCCGCCUGUACUCAAAACACUCUAGAACCCUCAUGAAAUAUGUCCGACCAUAGUAUUACGACUCAUACUACGGCUUACGCGGGAACCGACGCUCUCCGCAACCCUGGCCCAAUGGUGCGGGCGAAUAGUAUGCGAGCUGGAAUACUCAAUCGGGAACGGACUCUUGAUACUGGAUGCUGAAAUUUGCGCACGUUCCUGGGCCCUGGUACCAAAGUCUGACCGCGCGCGGCCUUAAUCAGUAAAACAUGGAUGUUUGCUGUCUGUCUGAAGUUCGACUUCCUGACUCAGGCUCUCCGGAGAUACAGAUCCCUGGAGUUGAAUCAUACUUCACCUUAUACCACAGCGGCCCAUGCGACUCUCCUGGUAGACACGAUGUGGCGAUUGCCCUCUUGUAGCAAUCAGACCUCGCCUUACUUGCUUGGGAACCAGUCAGUUACCGGAUGGUCUACGUGCGACCGAAGGGUCACCCAUUCUAGCUGCCGAACAGCGCGAUAAAGGGGCGUUUUGCUCGCAGCUGCGAGCAUUAAUUGAAAGACUCCUCGCCGCGAUCUGCUGAUUGUUGCCGAGGAUUGGAAUGGUCGGACUGGACCUGGCGACUCCACAAUCAGUCACCUUAUUGGCCGCCCCGAGCUUGGUUCCCAGUAUGAAAAUGGCGAGAGACUGCUGGAAUUUGCUAAUCAGAACUGGCUGAUUGUCACCAACAUGCGCUUCCAGCAUCACAAUAAACAUCUCCUGACUUUGUAUUCGAACGGCGGUCACACGACCAGUCAGAUUGACUACAUAUUAGUCAGAUCAAGGUUCUGCAGCUGGGUUCACGAUAGCAGUUCGAUGCGUGGUGCCGAGACUGGUAACGCCCAUGGGUCGGACCAUGUCCACGUUCAUACCACUUGAAAGUUCACCUCUCAUCCGCACUAAAAAUGUCACGUUCUAGACACCUCGAUGUCACAAAAAUCCGACAAACCAGCACUGUAGAAGCACUGAGCAGAGAAAUCCGGUCCUUUUUUAUGACCCGAGCCGACGGACAAGGCAGUAACCAGUGGUCGUCACUGAAAACGUCGAUCUAUGGGGCAGCUGAGAAAAUCCUUGGAUAUACCCAGCAACGCCGUAGUGACUGGGUCAGCGGACGAAUCCCACAGUUGUUUGCUCAGACGGCUCGGGCUAGGUCCCUUAAUGAUUAUUCCUCCCACCAACUUCAAAAGAUGGCGGCAAAAUAGGCUAGGGGUGACUGGGAGCAAUAUUGGGCUAAAAUAGCGACCUCCAUGGAACAGGCCUCGAAGGUUGGUGACAUUCGAGAACUCUAUCAACUUAUGCGCCAAGUUAGUAACAAGUCCUCCAUUCUGAUUGGCUCUGUUUACGACGUGAAUGACGGCUCUAUUGCUGACAACUCGGCCACAGUCGAGCACUGGCGUGAGCACUUCAAGCACCAUGUCAACUUCGGUACCCAAUUCACCACGCCCUUGUCACUUCUGCAGCGGAGUUUCUUCCCUCUCAAAACUAUGCAAUGCCAUGCGCUCCCCUUCUGAAGGAAAAGUCAUCAAUUCCAUACGAAAAAUACGAAACAACAAGGCAAUUGGAGAGGACGGUAUACUCGCUGAGAUCUACAAAUCUCGUGUCGACACUGGCGCCCUGGCUCCUUGAGGUGAUUGAACAAGCGUGGAGAGACGAGGCUGUUCCCGAUGACUGGGACUCAGGCAUCCUAGUACCUAUUCUCAAGAAGGGAGAUAAGACAAGAUGUGGGAACUACCGCGACAUAAGCUUCAUCGACAUUGCUGCGAAGAUGUUCGCCAUUGUCUUUCUCAGGCGAUUCCGGGCUGUACGCGACUAGGACAAGGCCUAACCAAGUCGGAUUUCGUGCAGGACGUGGAUGUGAGGACCAGGUACUCACACUAAGGCGCAUUCUCGAAUUUCGCCCUAGCUACCAACAACCGACGGCCGUCUGCUUUGUUGACUUUGCCGUCGCGUUUGAUUCCGUCCAUCAUGAGUCCCUAUGGAAUAUAAUGGCACCAGAUGGUUUAUCGCCAAAAAUCAUGGCCAUGAUCAAGGCCUAUUACCGCCCCACAGCCGCGCGAGUUCUGGUCUACAAAAAUCUUCCCCAACAGUUCGGUAUUCGAUGUGGUAUUCGACAGGGUUGUAUCCUGUCGUCCAUUCUGUUCAACUACGCUUUUGACUGGACUAUCGGGAGGGCCCUACAGGAAGGGGAUGGAGUUUGCACCCGGCAGUCAGCUGACUGAUCUCGACUAAGCCGAUGAUAUUGUCUUACUAGCUUCAAGUUUUGGUGAUCUACAGUCCAUGGUGUCACGGGUGAACGAGGUUGCUAAAUCAGUCAGUUUAUCCAUAAACAUUGGGGAGACCAAAGCAGCAUCCCCGACCAGGACGAGGCACCUGUCGAGAUUGAUGGCUGCCAACUUUCAGAAGUUGACAGUUCUUAAUACUUCGAGGCGAGGCUGCUGCUGAAUGGGCAGAGUAAGGAUGACAUUGUCUCCCGAAUUGCUGCUGCCCGUCGGGUUUUCUCAAUCCUUAGAAAGUGCCUAUGGAUCCGACGCGAUGUCUCCAUUGCCACCAAGAUUCGUGUGUACCAUACUUCCGUCUGGUCUGCCCUUAUGUUUGUAAAUGCUGGGCUGUGCGCGUGGAGACGAGCGAAAACUGGAGGUAUUUGAUCACCACUGCUUGAGGACCAUCGCUCGAGUGAAGUACACCGACUUCGUCUCAAAUGAGACACCCCGCACUCGCUGCAAAAACAUCGCAAGGACUACCCAGGCCAUCCAAGAAAGGUAACUAAGGUGGUUUGAUGAUGUUCAUCAUCGUCCAGCUCAGGAGCACAGUGUUGCUGUCCUCGAUCCGCACCGUUACCUCAUUGGAGGCGUCGAAGAGGGGAUCAAUUCAGAACCUGACUUUACACAGUUCGUCAACACAUGGAAUUGGUUCUUGGACCUUCAGUAUUCGGUCUCAGUCGUCGGCGAAGAGAAUGGGUUGAACUGCCCAGAUCUGCUGCCGCGGAUGGUCAUGUGUGGAGAGAUACAGUUCGGGGCAUCAUCGAGGCUGGCUAGAUCAGGCAUGAUCUCAACCGUACCAAGUACAAGUAUCAUAGAGUUUAUAUAUUUAAAAAUGAGCGUCACCUUUGUACACUGAGCGAGAAGAGGCUGUCACAUUGCACAAGCAUCACCCUCCCUUUCCAGAUCAUCUGACUUCCUUUUAUCUCCUCUUACGCUGGUAGCUUCGGUGUAGACCGAGUUUCAAAUGAGACGUCUGCGUCCCAGCGGAAGCAUUGUAUAGAGGGACUGCUCGGGAGCGAGAUGCUCGUUGCGUCCAUGCAAAGCUUGAGGCCCAAUUUCCUCCGUCUCGCGCCCCCAAUAAUGCCCUGCCCACAGGCCUCUAGUGCUGGUAGCGAGGUAUUCAGGAGUAAUAAAUCCACCACUCCCUGUUUCCCGGAUUCCGAAUGGGUUGAGGAGCUGGUGUGGCUCAAUCCAACGACGAUAGAACACCAAUUUCACUGGGAUUCUAGCAUGGGACAUUCUAGUCCCACAUUUGAGGUGAGUGAAGACAAAAAUCAGUCUAAGUUAAGUUCACGUUUUCCUCUUCAUAUUCUAACAAGACGGCGUCCUACUUCUGUGAUUUGAGCAACAGUCAAACUCGGCUGUUUCGGUCGAAAGAUCCGCAAACCUCAGCUGCGGCCGUCAUCCCGAGGGCCCUUGCUUUAGAUAACAUAUUUCCGUUUUUUUCUGACUACAUGUAAAGAACACCGAGAGGUAGUCGGUAAUAGUAUAAGUUUCAAUCUGCGGUGACAAAAUUCUUCCAACAACCACUAAAAAAGGGGAUAAUUAAAACAGGCCCAUUGAAUCUGUGGGAAGGGGGGGGGGUUAUCUCAAAAGUCAGUCCACAUCGUAAAUGCACGUAACUUUAAUUUGAGGCGCUUGCAUUACCAAGGAUGCCUUUCCUAUGUAUUCAAUACCAUUAACAGUAUUUUAUUGACGCUUUUACUAUAUUUUCUCAUAGAUGACAUCCGGGGGAGUUUUAUGUGACUUCAUAAAUACGGAAGUUUUUCGCGACCUAAAGGCUAAUUGACAACCAACUCUACAAUUAAACUAUUACUUUAAUAAAUACGAAAAAAAUAGUUACAUUUGGUGAUCGACAUAAUUUGCUUAGAAGCUGCGCAUCGCAUUGCUGUUUUUCACAGUGGUUCUGUAAAACCACGUGUUACGACUUGGCUCAUACUCACUGAAGCGGAAUUAUUCCUCCCGCUAUGAAUCGAUAAAUGCAGAUUUGAUGCGGAAAACUUCGAUGCACAGCAAUUACCAACGGCUGUCCGUUUUGUAUAUUAAGACGGAAUCUGAAAAACUAUACAUAGACGAACCUGUUAACUUGUCGAAUUAGAAAUGGCACGCCCGAAAAGCUGCCAAGCAAAUGCCUCGAGCACUAUGUCGCUAACCAGUUCAUUCGACUCGAGCUGUACAGCGUGAAACCCGAGACGGAAACAGGAGUGAACAGAAACGAUCUCAGUUGCAGACUCGGCAAAAAUGUGUUUUUUUUUAAAUUGCCUGGACCACCACCCUCGGUGUUGAUGGAAGCUGACUCGAUCCACACGUAUGUGUAGCCAUAUUGUUACAGAAAUGUGAGCAAUCAGUCAAUCAUAGAAAUGUGUGUGCUAAAAUGCUGCAUCUGCCGAGGCGUCAGUCUGAUUGAUUUCGCCGCUAAGAGCUUCGCACCUCUCUUUCUGGACCAUUUCGGCGCGGUAUGUGGCAAACGAAAUAAAAACUGUGGUGGUUUGCGUCCAUGUAUUAUCUCUUGCAAUGGCCUACCACACGGCAGGCGAAAAAUAGUUCUUUUUCGCUGUUUCUUUUUCAAAUGAGUGACUCCGUGCCCCGAUCUGACUACCACCUAUCUCCGAUUACUUUAAAUUCUCAAGCGAUGCUCGUUUUGAGUAGGAUUCGCGCCUUUACGCGAGAGGUAGGAUCAUAGGACCGCGAGGCAGAAGGCCGUCCAGUUGUCGGCUGCCUACAGACUUUUCCAACCCUUGGUUUUCAACUUGCUCGUCGUCCCUAUUGCCAAGCUUCCCAACUCACUCACUUACUUUUCCUCCUUCCUCUCCCCAUUUUUGUCUGCCACUAUCACUGUGCAUAUCUACCCCUAUGAUAUCGCAAAUAUAAUCAUGAUAAUUUUGUCAGUUAUUUUACUGUUGGUCUGGACAAAAAUGCCUAGCCAAGACAACCAAGUUGAGGACAAAUGGGAAAACGUCCUCCAGGGUCCAUUUCUUUACCACCUACAAACUAGGGUGGCCUAGUGCAGUGGGACAACUGCUAGACUUAGAUUGCCUCCUAAAAUUAAUAGACUUAAUCGAAGGGGACGUGACUGGGAGUUCGGGGAGCUAUGUUUGUUCCUCAGUUUUCUACCACUUGGGCACUCAGGAGCUCUCAUCUUCGAAUCACGUCCCUCACGGACCUCUAAUGGCAAAUGAGAGAUAGGUAGAGCAAGAUUAUCUCUGCGCAGCAAUCUCAGUCGCUGCGACUAUUGCGUUCCUAUUCCCUAAUCGACCUGGAUUAUUAUCGGUUUUUUCGUUGUCGAUUGCUAGGUUUGUUGCGCUUUUGACGCUCCUAUAACAGCCGUUAUUUCCAAAGCUAAGUCGACAAAAAUUCCUGCCUAUUUUCCUGUCCCUCCUCUUCAGCUGCGCCAACUUAUGUCCACUGCUCUCACUUCGGCUCUAACUCAAGCCCAACAACAAAUUAUGGUUCAGUCUAUAAAGGAGGAUCCGAACCUCAUCCAUAGCCUUGGGCUUACCUCCGAAAACGUGAGUCGCCUCCGUUCCCCGAAGGCUUCUGCCAGUGUACGGUUUUUCUUCAUCCACGGACCUAUAGUCAUGUAUUAUUCAAUUUCUUCAAUUUCAGUUUACAAAUCUUGUAAAUCGGAAUCCUGUUGUGGCCAUUGAGAUCCUUCUCGGCUUAAUAUCCACCCCCGAAGUUAACACGUGAGUGCAAUGAAUAGUUAUUGGAUUUCAGUAUGUAGCAUUCUUGUUUGUUCAUCACAUUACUAAUAUUCACUUCGGGUCCAAAUUUCAUACGAUAACGUUGCAAAUAUCAAAUCGGCACCCAAGGAUUCAUGAUCUUAUGCCUUGGGCCAAGUAAGUACCGAAGCCAAGUGAGCAAAUCCAUUAAAAAAAGAAUACCAUCAGAGCGCAUACCGAACUAAUUAGGAGGACAGUCGUUAGCAGUGCAUUUGGUCGUGGGUCUGAUAUGCUAAAAGUGCCAAUUUUCUCAAGAGACUAUAUGAAUUUUGGAGUUGUAAUUCCCAACGUCGCAGUCUUUUUUUUCUAGAUAUCUGUCCUCUCUGGUGAAAAUGAAUAUUACUGUAAACUCAAUGGAAGUCGUAAAUCGAGUGGCCGCUCUUGUCGCGUUACCUUCGGAGUUCAUCCACACAUUCAUAUCGAACUGCAUAUCCACCUGCCAGGGCACUCAAGACAAAUAUGUGCAAGUGCGCCUUGUGCGUCUAGUCUGCGUGCUGAUCCAAUCGCUCAUCAGGAAUAAAAUCAUUGAUGUCCACAACGGAGUGAGUUGUUUGUAGCUUUGUCCUGUUAUUCACGAAUCGCCCUUCCCAGAGAUUGUGAAUUGGUCACAUAUCGCUCAUAGAACCCUUUGCAGUCCUUACGAAGAAACUCAUUUGUUUACAAUUACAGAUAACAUGCAGAGAACCUCGCGUAUGAUCAUGAAAUCAAGUCCACAAAUGCUGGUGACUAAUCUGUUUGUGACUUCAGUUCAAAUUGUAAUUGCCUUGUUGUGCAAUUAUGCUAAGGCAAUAUUGCGUUUGUGAAGAACGUCUAAUCUGCACACUGGGAGACGGCGUCUAGGUGCAUACGACCGCUGCUCUCGUUUGUAUCGUAUACCUCCAUUGCUGCAGCUCCGCAUAUCUUGUCCUCCUUCCCGUUUGCACCCGUCUGCACAUGUGUCCGGUGACUGCUACGCUAGUGCUGACGUCUCUGUUUGUAUCUGGCUGGCGAUCUAUGUCACCGGCGUUCAUGUACGAUCUGCACUGCAGCCCCCACAGGUCUCGUGGGUUCGAAUCCCCUGGCUUCCCCUCCGCCUGAAACUCCACUGACUGGGCUGUACACAUAGGGCCUAGUAAGACGCAAGAAGACACGAAGAUGAAUGAAAUGAAUGAAUGAAUGAUACUCUGUUCUCUUGUGGAAGGCUUGCACACAACUUUCUCUAUGGCAUCACGGGCACGGGUGGGGCAACUUAGGAGCUGAUGCCUGUUUGUGGCAUUCUCUUAUGUCGCCAUCUUAAGGCGUUCGUUGACCCAGCCAGGACAUAUAGAAAAGAUAUCUGUUUGUUGUUCCUGGCCUCUAUCAUGGACUGAAGUUUAUGAGCGUGCGGAUUUUUGAGACCGAUUGCGAACAAUGGCGGUUUUGUCGACAAACCGCGUUUAAAAUAUUGGUCCGUGGCUCACAAUCGCCAGUUCCCCCACCUUUUUGAGGUACACUGGACUAUCUUUGCCCUGCACGCACGCUGUCCCGUCGUAGGUGACGUAUGCUUUGGUCAGAAUUUGAACCGAUGGGCGAGAUAUCCUUAUUUUUUAGUCUUCUUAAUUGCAUUGUAUUGACUCACGAACAGGUCGCAGCUUCAAUCGUGGUACUCUGCAGGAUCGUGGCGAAUAGGUAGGCCACACCAAGUAAUACAGUAACGUCAUGAGUACUGAGGAGUAAUCGCGUAAUGCAAAUCCUACGAACAAUUAUUUCUACGAAUAGCAAAAUUUUUUAUGACGGCAGUCUCACCAUGCUCCCCAAGGUAGGUCAUAGUUAAAAAUCCAGACAUGCGCUUAGCUGCUUUUGCCGCUGCUACUGCUGUGUGACGGGACUUUGAGGGGCUCCGUUCCUCUGUGUGGGUUCUGGUAUAUGAACUCCAGAUUUGAAUGUUAAGAUAGUAAUUCCGCAAAUUAUUAAAGGAGGGACUUGGAGUUUAAUGUCACAGCCAUUACUUUGAUGAUCAUUCUCGUGAAUGUUGUGAACGUUUGGGUUGGAGGCAAUCAAAAUCUGCGGAAUAAUCGCGUAAUGCCCAUCCUACGAAAAGAUGAUAAUACCUGAAAUGUGGGUUUCCGCUAGGACCUAUAGGUUAAAGAACUACGGUAGAUGUGCUAACUCAUGAAAUGUUGACGGAAAUUCUAAAAUGCAUUUUCGACUCGAAAAGAUAACUUAAGUAGGGUUGAAAUAUCAAUCACCUUGCAGCAUAAUCCCAAGAUAAUUUAGUUACUUCAGGAUACCAGCCUUUAAGUGAACUUUUUUUCCGGCCGCCUGCAAAAGUUGCACUCUGUAAAAAAUGACUAAUCAAGUAGCAUGAAUGUUUAUCACUGGUUUUCGAUGCCCUUACAAACUCAGAUAUAUUUCAUGGAAAGCAUGGCUAAAGUAUUCAUUCCUUAACCCAUUUGGUGGAAAAAUACGCCUUCUUCAAAUUUUAUUCUUAAAAGAAGGGUAUAAUUCGGUUUUGGAGAAGUUCCUAAUUAUGAGAUUUUUUGAGUCCGUAGAAUGUCCGUCCACAAAACAUCAUGUUUCUACAUUUACUUAGAUUGCCUGUAAAGCUUGCAUUACGGCUUAAACCCGCUGUUAAAUUUUAUAAACCCCAUAUGGUCACGCCUUAGUAGCGUAUAGAAAUGUCUGAUUUCCCGUAAACGUACAGUUCGUAGUUUAGAAGCCCUGAAUGUAAGUGUAACAGCAGAUCGGGUUCCAAUUAUUCGGAUAUCGGAAAAGUUUUUUUAAAACCGAACUAUACUUUUUAUUUAAGUAUAAAAUUAAAAGAAAACGUACUUUUCUACCAAAUAAGUAAAGGAAUGAAUAUUUUUAUGCAUGUUUUCCAUGAAACUAUCUGAAUUUAUAAGGGCAUUGAAAACCAGUGGGAAAAAUUCAUGCUACUUAAGUAGUCAUGUUUUGUAGUGUGGCUUUUGCGGGCGGCCGAAAAAAGGUUCAUUCAGGAGCUGGUAUCUCGGAGUAACUGAAUUAUUAUGGAGUUAUGCUACAGGGUUGUUAAUUUUACAGCCCUGCUUAAGUAAUCUCUUCGAGUCGAAGGCACAUUUCAGAAUUUCGGUUGACAUUUCAUGAGUUAGCACAUCUGUAUAUUUUUAGCAAGAUCGGACACCACUACUAUUUUGACGUAGGAUCUUACCUUUACGGGAUCUUGCCAAACAAGUUGGACGGACGUUGGGGCCUCGUAGAAUAGCCUGCUCGUUCACCAUACCGCACACCUAGAUUUCACGGGUUUACUUUAAAGCUAAAGUCCAUAUUGCAGAACCGGUAAAGAUCAGAGUCGAGAGAAGCCACUGUACAGGAAUGCACUAAAGUGCAAAGCAAAAUAUUCAUUGCUUGCAAUUUAACUGCUUCGCAUUAUCAACAGUGCCCAGGACAGAAUUUACAGCAGUUGUGAGUCAGACGUUACCAAAAUACCCAAACGAUAUCGGUACAUUUUGACAUUUCGAAAAUGGAAUGUACUUAAACCAACACUGGAUUUGUAACCAUUCAGUGUGUAUACAGUUCUCCGAGACACGUUUACAUAGUACGUCGCCCAGCAUGGGAUGACGGAUUUUGUGGUCGGUAACGCAGGCGCUAUAUUUCCGACAAAAAAGACUUGGUCAUCUCGUGCACCAUUUACUCAAAUCCUCUGAAGGUGUUCCAAAUAUGUAUUACGUGUAACGUGAAAUCAUUGUUUCUGAAUUAAUAAGUUUAAGAACUACAAGCCCUAAAGAAAUCCCUUUAAUCGGCUAACAACAAGCGUAGUUCUCUGGUGCCAGUUUGAUCGGCGGACAGGUCGACUUCGCACCUGAUUUCAAGGUUUCACGUCAUAAUCUCCAUGGAGACGGCGACAGGGUAGGCCUGGUGGGAUUUACAAGAGCAGGGCGGAGGCCUGCUAGAGACGAGCCGAAAAUAGUUCCCCCGCCAGAGAUGUCAUCACGCCAACUUGACUGCCCGUCCCCACAUUCUUUCUGGCCACUCACGCAAGUCACGGCCAGCACAUAACAAGAGGAAACCCUCUACCCACGGGACAACUUAGAGCGAGAAACAGCGGCUGAGCAGGUCCUGGAGAGGGGUUUCUAGGUUGAAAGCCUAGAUAAAGUCACGGACUUGAGGCCCACAGAUCAGGCAUCCCACGCAAAGCUUGAAACAAUCCAAAGAAGACGGCCAGCAAGCACAAGCACCUCGGAAACACUGUUGACGACCAGCAGUACUCGCAACCGCUGGUAUUCAACAUUGCAAGCACACCAACAGCUCAACGACCAGCAACAAAUCUGACUCACUGACAGUGCGACUGAAAGUGGUAAGCGCCGGCAAACGGAGCUUGGACUACGCAGUCAACACGGUAAAAAUGUCCAGUGACAUCAAGCUAUCGACAUCGAUGUGGCUUUAUUGAGAGUCCGCAAACUCAGGUUUAUUUCGUGAGGUUAGCUGGGGACUUUCAGUACAGACCGGGUGGUUUUUUCCUUGAGCGCACUGGCCAGAACGCGCCGGUGGCGGUUCGAAAUCGCUAUUCCACAUCACCAUCUAGCCUUACGGUAUCUUAUAGGGCAGUCGGCGUACCAGACCCUAGCCUUCUACGUCAUGGUCGCACUGACGUUGCUGGCCCACGACUGCUUAUUCGUCAGACCUUUGAGCGCGCUUACCUCGCAGCUGAGUUUUGCCGACGGUAAUUCCAUUAUCCGCCGCCCGCAGACGCGCCAGCUGCUAGGCUAACGGGAGGGACUCGCCUUUGCGUCGGAGACAGGGGCCAUCUGGUCGUUGGUGCCGGCGAACACUACCGCCAGCGUCCCCUGGGACUUGAGCCCUGACCCGCAUUCGGCCGUCUUUACUACGUAGUAUUUGGAUCUACUUUAGUUGGAUGUUCACCCGUUGAGCCCGAUUUUAUGAUAUGCAUGAAGCACCGCUUCGGUUUUCAUCAAAAACCACGACGAAUGUCCCCCGGAUCAAGAUGGGAAACCCUAGUGAUGAAUGAUGGGCCCAUAAACAGCACCCCCGACUAACUUUCUGUGGAAAGCUUUGAUAUAAUCAUAACUGCCUCCGGUCUCUCAUUCACAAGAGGUAAAAUUACCCACGCAGAUAGAUGCUGAGCGACCGACUUAAUUUGGAAAUCUUUGAGGACCAUGUAAGUCAUUCGUCUCAAAUAACCUAGAACGAGGUUUUCUCAAGGUAGACUCUGAGGUUUGUUGACCACGUAUUGGGGUGCGCGUGGAAAUGGCGUAUGACUUGCAUGGGGAAAGUUGACAACAAACCACCGUAAUCUUUGGAUCUUGUGUACCGAUUUCUUAGAAUAAUCCAGGUUCCCGGGCAACAUACAAUUUCACCAUUUCCAGUUCGGGCUUCGAGCCUGCGUGUCUAAGGAUCUAGACUGUCACCCCUUCACUGCGCCAUUCAACUUCCUAUGAGAUAAUAGGGAGUACAAGAAGGGAGUUACGCAGAAGCUUUGAAUAUUUUUGUUGCGAGUUCUUAGACAGGUCUUUACUAGAAAGGAAUGAGUCCAGAUAAACAUAGCGGGCAGCAGCCUGUUUGACAGCCAGCAAAUAAUGGCCACUCGUGCAAAAUACUCAAACAAAUGGUGUCCGCUGUUACGAGAGGCAGCCACCGUGUUUGAUGUUGGACAAGUCACUCGUGAGUGACGGUUGUGAUGACAGUUUCGGGGUCUCCAACGGGGAUUAAUGCGACCCAUUUGGUACUCUCACCGGUGGACUUGAGUUUCUGAAAUCACUAUUUGGGCCAAAUACUAGAGAGGUUCACCUCUGGGUUAAAAACACAAAGGCUUCUCCACCAACCCGCGUUUGUCUCGCUCCGGGUGAGGCUGUCCUGAUGUCUAUUCACCUUGUCAUUUGCCGGAGAGGGGUAAAUAUUUGAUCUGCUGGAAGACGCAGGACGCUGCCAGUCUAUCCUGUCCUUAAUGGACUUCGACCGGUCAUUAUUUUGCCAAACGUCUGCAAAGUUAGAUGCAGCUAGCAUUGAUGGAAACAGUUCUGAUAAUGGCCAUUUUGCCAGAACUAACAGAGCAGUCAUGCCUCGACUCUUUUCUUAUUUCAGGGCAUUCUGGUCGAAGUGCAAUCUUUCUGCUUGGAAUUCAACAAAAUUCGUGACGCAAACACCUUGUAUAGGCUUAUAAAAAGUAUCGAGGUCAGUGGGACGGCUGGCCAUGGAACUCCCCCCACCAGCAGCGAGACACAAGUAUCGCAGCCGAGAGAACAGUGA